AUGCCCGCCACCGCCUUCGCCCCCGCCUCCGCGUCGCCGCCUCCGUGGUCUCCGCGUCCGCCUCCUCGCCAGGCCCGCGCCCGCGUCCGUCUGCCGCCGCCGAGGAGCGGGAGCGGCAGCGAUGGGGGCGGGGGCGACGAGCCCACGACGGCUACCCCGUGGGUGAGCCCGGACUGGCUCACGUCGCUCUCGCGCGCGGUUGGCCGCGCCGGCGCCGACGACUCGGGGAUCCCCGUCGCGUCCGCUAAGCUCGACGACGUGCAGGACCUCCUCGGCGGCGCGCUCUUCCUGCCGCUCUUCAAAUGGUUCCGCGAGGAAGGGCCCGUGUACCGCCUCGCCGCGGGGCCGCGAGACUUCGUCAUCGUCAGCGACCCCGCCGUCGCCAAGCACGUGCUUCGCGGGUACGGGUCGCGCUACGAGAAGGGGCUCGUCGCCGAGGUCUCCGAAUUCCUCUUUGGGUCCGGGUUCGCCACCGCGGAGGGCGCGCUAUGGACCGUGAGACGCAGAGCUGUUGUGCCAUCCCUGCACAAAAGAUUUUUGUCCAUCAUGGUGGAAAAGGUAUUUUGCAAAUGUACCGAGAGAUUAAUACAGAAACUUGAGCCAUAUGCUUUGAGUGGGGAACCUGUCAAUAUGGAAGCGAGGUUUUCUCAGUUGACAUUGGAUGUGAUUGGUUUGUCAUUGUUCAACUACAAUUUUGAUUCCCUCACAACAGAUAGUCCUGUCAUCGAUGCUGUUUAUACUGCGCUCAAAGAAGCAGAGCUUCGUUCUACAGAUCUUUUGCCAUACUGGAAGAUUGAUUUUCUGUGCAAAAUAAUUCCAAGACAGAUAAAAGCAGAGAAUGCAGUUAAGACCAUAAGGAACACUGUUGAAGAGCUGAUUAUGAAAUGUAAAGAAAUAGUCGAGGCUGAAAAUGAACAGAUUGAGGGCGAGGAAUAUGUAAACGAGGGGGACCCUAGCAUUCUACGCUUCCUACUUGCUAGCCGAGAUGAGGUAAGCAGUGUGCAGUUACGUGACGAUCUCUUAUCGAUGUUAGUUGCUGGUCAUGAAACAACAGGCUCCGUACUGACAUGGACAAUCUAUCUUCUAAGUAAGGAUCUGACUGCACUAAGGAGAGCUCAAGAUGAGGUUGAUCGUGUUCUACAGGGUAGACUCCCCAGAUAUGAGGAUGUAAAGGAGCUGAAGUACUUGAUGCGCUGUAUAAAUGAGUCUAUGCGGCUAUAUCCACACCCUCCUGUGCUGUUGCGGCGUGCAAUAGUUGAUGAUGUGCUUCCUGGAAACUACAAGGUUAAGGCUGGUCAAGAUAUUAUGAUUUCUGUGUACAAUAUACACAGGUCCCCUGAGGUAUGGGAUAGAGCAGAUGAGUUCAUUCCAGAGAGAUUUGAUUUAGAGGGACCUGUUCCAAAUGAGUCAAACACUGAUUUCAGGUUUAUCCCAUUCAGUGGAGGUCCUCGGAAAUGUGUUGGAGAUCAAUUUGCUCUCCUAGAAGCAAUAGUGGCACUUGCUAUUGUGUUGCAGAAGAUGGAUAUUCAGCUUGUGCCAGAUCAAAAGAUUAACAUGACCACUGGAGCUACAAUCCAUACAACAAAUGGACUGUAUAUGAAUGUAAGCCUGCGUAAAGUUCAGCAAGAAGCUGAGUUAGCACUGAGAAUGUAGGAACUAAAUCAAGACUUUGAUAUGCAUACAUAGAAAAUUAAAUCUCGGGGAGAGUGUAUAUUUCUGGUACGAAGUUGGGGAAGCGACAAGGUCUGGUUCCUCAUUAACUGGAGAAGAACCUCCGCUGUCAGUAGCUAGAUCAUUGUUCCCCUAAAAAAGGAUGGAGGCCUCACGAAUAGUAUCCAAAGUGGAACUUUCCCGCUCCUCGUGUGUUGAAGACAACUGUGCAGUCGUUUUUCAACUGGCGAGAAUGAGCCUCCCACAUUUGUGCCUCAGCAAGGAGUUCCUCAAUUGUUUCUUCAGCAGUGUCAAGAAGAUCUUUGGAUGAACCAGAUGCCCCUGACGAUAAAUGAGCAAGACCACUUAAGGAUGACUCAGCAGUAUUCUCCUGCAGCAUGUUUUGACCUGGAGUUUCAGAACUGAAAGAUGAAUCAUUAGAUCUAAAAACCAGAUCACCAUGAUCCACACUAAUAUUGUCGAUAAAAGAACUAGCAGUAUCUUGCCUCCCUAUGUACAAUCCCCCAUCGGAAUCAUCCCUAGGGGAUGAUGUGAAGCUUGCGUCCUGAAAUACAUUUCGCAGUAUGUAUUGGUUUUACACAUAGUAAUCUUAAUAAUUAAUAAUAAAAAAGAGUUUUGAGCAA